GCUUGGAUUUCUCGAAAAAAUCUUAAAUUAAAUCUCAGACUUAAGUCUGAGUUUUUACUCAAAUUUCUGAGAAAAAUCUCAAAUUUGAGAAAACUCAAAAUAUUGCAUUUCUCGAAAAAACUUAAGUUGUUUUCCUUACUCAAACUCAGACUAAACUUAAGUUACCUUAUUAGUAGACUUAAGUCCUUUAAUAAAAUCUCAAAUAUGCCGGUGAAAAACAGACGGCAGCGUCGUAGACGUCGGCAUAGGCAGAGAGUCGCACACAACAGGCUUGUUGACCGUGAAAACCCUUUAGAAUUAAUGCCAGAGGAGGAGAUUUUCAAAAGAUACCGUUUCCGCCCGGCCACAAUUUUGUUUAUAGUUAACCUAUUAAGACGAUCCCUUGAGAGAGAUACUCUGCGAAGCUGUGCCCUCACCCCCCUUCUGCAAGUUUUGGCCACGCUAAGAUUUCUUGCUACAGGAGGUUUUUAUUCCUUAAUGGCCGAUACAUUUGACAGCCUGUCCCCAUCCACUGUGUGCAGGGCGGUUAAGGAUGUGUGCCAUUGUUUGUGUCAGGUGUCGAGACAAUUUAUAAGGAUGCCAGCAAGAAACGUAGCUGAUGAAGUUAAAAAGCAUUUCUAUUCCAUAGCAGGUUUUCCAAAUGUCCUCGGUUGCGUUGAUGGUACAUACAUCAAAAUUCAGGCACCUUCAGAGAAUGAGCCAGACUAUUUGAAUAGAAAAGGGUAUCAUUCUCUGAAUGUACAGAUGAUCUCCGAUGGUAAAUUCCGGAUUUUGAACUGUGUGGCCAAAUGGCCUGGAAGUGUACAUGACAGCCGGAUUUUCCGAGACAGUCAUAUAAGCAUUGCCUUUGAAAAUGGACAGUAUCCAGGACUACUCUUGGGGGACUCUGGUUACCCGUGCAAACCCCACCUUAUGACACCAUACCCUGUCCCUUCAAAUGAUGCAGAAGCAAGAUUCAACAACGCUCACGCUAAAACCAGAGUUGUAAUCGAGCAAACCUUUCGCAUCUUGAAGAAGAGGUUUGCGUGCCUCCAUAGCGGCUUGAGAACAACUCCUGAAAAGGCAUGCGAUAUUACUUUGGCAUGUGCAGUUUUACACAACAUUGGAAUCGAUCGUAAUGACAUACUGGAUAUUGAUGAUGGUGUAUAUGUCAACCAGGGGGAUGUUAAUCUUAAUGUAAGGGAUCAGUGGGACGGCAAAGAUGUUAGAAAUUACAUAUGCAGGUCUUUUUUUGCAUAAAGUAUUAUGUAACAACUGUAUCCCUUGUACAGUAAUCAUAUACAUAGACAACAUUAACAUUUGAUUUUGUAUAGAGUCUAGAAAUCAUCAUAAUCAUAGACUAGCAAAGCAAACAUGGUUUGAAUAGCAUGUAAAUGCAGAUAUGCAUAAUUAUUAUGCCCAUGUAAUCAAAGACUCAGCUAGGGGCAUAUAGAUUUUGCCCUGCUCGUCCAUCUGUCUGUCUAUUUGUCUGCCAAAACUUUAACCUUUCUCAUAAUUUUUAAUUGGUUGAAACUGUAUUUUUCAUAUUUCAUGUGUAUUCCUUGUGAAUGGGACCAAUCUUUGAGUACCAACAAAUUUGACCUAUUGACCUAGAUUUUAUAGUUUGGCCCACUUUAUAAAAAAAACUUGAACGUUUUUGUACUGCUUAAAAAUUACAAGUAAUGAUAUACCAGAAAUAAAAAAAAAAGUAGAAAGAAACACAAAUAACUAAUUAUAUAAUGGUUUAUUAUAUCAUAUUUGAUAUAUACACUGUACCAGUACUUCAUUGUCUUGUAAUUAUAUUUUUUAUGGAAAAAUAAGACAGUACACUAUACUGAAACUGAACACGUUGA